GAAUCACUGGAUUAGACACUAAAGUAGGGAUUUUCCACCAUGGUGUCUGGCUUAUGCAGUGUAUUAACCAUCUCCUUGUGCAAAAGCGUUUGGCACAGGAAUGCUUUAGUCCUGCUUCUCCUCCUCCCUCCAGACUGCAGCGGGGAAAUGAAACCAAACACAAAGACAUUUCCUGGAGCACUGGAUUCCGUUCAGACUCUGAGCCUGGUUGCCUCUGGGCUGCUCUUGAACUAAGAAAAAAAAGACAACCACGUAAACACCAAGAUCCUCAUUUAUAACCAGCCCCCCAAGAAGCAGCUGCCUUUCUGCCCAGGCUGUGACGGCAGGCCGAAGAUGAAGGCUUUUCUUCUCACCCUGCUGGUGGCGGUUCUGUGUGUGGAGCAAGCUCAAUCACUGGUGUGCUUUACCUGUAACGAUGCGUCCUCCAACUGGGGUUGUCUGGCACCAGCUACAUGUCCCAGCGAUGCAAACUAUUGUGUGACCACGUAUCUUGGUGCAGGAAUUGGUGGAUAUUCCGGGCAGAGCAUCUCCAAGGGAUGUGCUUCAGUUUGCCCCAGAGGUGGGAUAAACAUAGGGAUAGCAGCCGCCUCUGUUUCCUGCUGCAGUUCUUUCUUGUGCAACAUCAGCGGGGCCAGCAGCGUGAAAGUCAGCUACUCGGUGCUGGCCAUGGCGAUCUUGGCCAGCUUCUUGUAUAUCAGGGCAGGACUGUGAUCGGGCCACGAAAAAAGACCUUGAUGCCCUGAAGAACCUACUCAGGCUUCUCCAAUGAGACACGAAACCCCCCCUCUAUGCAAAGCUAUACUGGGGUUACCAAUGGUGCCCUUUCUUUAAAACUCUCUCUCAGAGCCCAUUAGACAAUACCUGCCCUCUUGCUGUUCACAAGGAAAUCCCGCUGCUGUCACUGGGUGCCCCUCUGUGCCUCUCAGCAGAUCUGGAUUGCUGCUCCCAUGGUUUGGGUGCAGGAGGCCUGGGAAGCUCAACUGAAGCGUGCAGCCCCACUGGGGAGAUGCCCGCUUGCACUCUUAACCCAUCAGGAAAUGGUGGAUAAUGUUGGCAGGGUUUCUGUUUUUAUGCCUGUAGUCCCAGUUGAUGGGGCUGAUAAAAAAAAAGUCAGGGCUCACCAGGAAAUGUUUAUCCCAAACCACCUCCAAAGCGGAAUACUUAAACACCCCUGCCUCUUGCUACCACAGAGACAUUUCCCAUGCACGUCACGCUAGGGAUCAGCGCCAGACUGACUGCUGGGAAGGCAUGAUCCAAAACCAAACCUCAGAUACAUUCACCCCCGGUUGGAUUCUGUUUUUUUACAUUGUUUUUUUUAUUCUGCUCCUUGUCUCACUUUUCUUAUGUAAAAUGAAUGCAGUGCUCACACUGUGAGCAUCACAGCUGAAUAAACACCUUCCUGUUCUUGCCUGA